AUGGGUCCUCUGUUUCCUGCAUGGCUUAAGUGGCAAGUGGAUCUUACUUACCUUGACAUCUCAAGCACAGGAAUAACCGAUAGGUUUCCAGAUUGGUUCUCUAGUUCCUUCUCAAAGAUCACAUCCUUGGAUAUCUCCAAUAACCGAAUAAGUGGCGCCCUGCCAAAAAAUAUGGGUAACACGUCAUUGGGAUCACUAUAUUCUAGGUCGAACAAUAUAUCUGGUAGAAUACCUCAAUUGCCCAGAAAUCUAGAGAUAUUGGACAUAUCAAGAAACUCAUUAUCAGGCCCCCUGCCAUCAGAUUUUGGGGCUCCAAAACUAGAUAUGAUAAGUCUAUUCUCCAAUUACAUCACAUGUCAAAUUCCACUGUUUGUAUGUGAACUGAACUUGUAUUCCUUGGAUUUGGCCAACAAUCUUCUUGAAGGAGAACUUCCUCAAUGUUUCAGCACAAAAGACAUGGCAUUUCUAUUGUUAAGUAACAAUAGAUUCUCUGGCAAGUUUCCGCCAUUUCUAGAAAACUGCACAACGCUAUCUUUUUUAGAUCUGGCAAGGAACAAAUUCUCUGGAACAUUGCCAAUGUGGAUUGGGAACUUGGGGGAACUACAGUUUCUACGGCUGAGCAACAACAUGUUCCACGGGCAUAUUCCGAAUAAUAUCACAAGUCUCAGUAAACUUUAUCAUUUGAAUCUGGCUGCCAAUGGGAUAUCAGGUUCCAUACCUCAUCAUCUAUCAAAUCUAACAAUGAUAACAACACCAUAUGUACACGUUCCUGGCGCCGUCGUUGCAAGUUUCCAAAGUAUAGUUGGUGAUAUGCCAGUAGUCAUCAAGAGGCAAGAACUUGAAUACAAAGGUGUUGCUAUUUUGGAGAUAUUGAGCAUUGACUUCUCUUGCAACUAUUUAACCGGUAAAAUUCCAGAGGAAAUCACAUCUCUUGGUGGAUUGAUAAAUCUGAACUUGUCAUGGAAUCAAUUGAAUGGAGGAUUACCAAAGAAGAUUGGGGACAUGCAGAUGUUGGAGUCACUUGACUUCUCGAACAAUGAUAUUUCAGGAGAAAUUCCGUCAAGCUUGUCAAAUCUAACAUACUUGAGCAUUCUGGACCUGUCAUAUAAUCAUCUAGCAGGAAUAAUACCAUCAGGAGUUCAACUUGACACUCUUUACACGGAGUAUCCAUCCAUAUACAAUGGCAACACUGGCCUUUAUGGUCCCAUCCUUCAUAAAAGUUGCUCAGUCAACAAUAAUGCACCACAGCGUGACCAUCAACAGAGAAGUAAAAAAGUUUCAGAGUCGACGUUGUUCUUUUACUUUGGACUUGGGUCGGGGUUUGUGGCUGGCCUCUGGGUUGUGUUUUGUGCUCUGCUCUUCAAGAAAGCAUGGAGGGUUGCUUAUUUCCGCUUCUUUGACAAGGUGCAUGACAAAGCCUAUGUGUUCAUAAUUGUCACUUGGGGCAGGUUUGCCAGGAAAAGGUGACUAUAAAUCUACAAUUCAAGUGCUAAAUUAAAUCAGCUUACAACAAGUGCCAGUCUAUCAUAUGGGUUGUGUGAAUAAAUGAAACUGAAUAGCGUGUAUUUAGAGACUUGUGCUACUGUAUGCCUUUUUAUUUCCGGCAAACUUGUAAUAAUGAAUGUUGCAUGAUGCAUGCAACCGUUAUUGGUUU